AUGAUAUAUGGAGCAUUGGUACUUCAAAUAUUGUUCUGUGCAUUCACCCUGUUAGGGCUCCUGAUUGACACUGAAGAUGUAGAAUCUGUUUGCUCGGCUGCGAAGGAAGUUGUAGAUGGUGAGUUUAAUUAUUACGAGGGAACUAAAUAUGGAGGCACUGUCGGCAUGUUUACGGCGCCAUACUACUGGUGGAAUGCUGGUGAGGCAUUUGGUGGGUUGAUAGAUUAUUAUACUUUCUGCGAUUCCAGCAAUGACACACUUAAAAACUUGAUCUAUAAUGGUAUGUAUCACCAAGCUGGAAGCGACUAUGACUAUAUUCCAGCAAAUCAGUCAAUGACAGAAGGAAACGAUGAUCAAGGUGUUUGGGGUAUGGCAUUGAUGCAGGCGGUCGAGAGAAAUUUUACUGAUCCUUCUCAUAGCUGGCUCUCAAUGGCACAAGCAGUAUACAAUACCAUGAAUGCUCGUUGGGACGAUGACCACUGCCUGGGAGGUCUAAGAUGGCAAAUUUUCACAUGGAACUCUGGUUAUAAUUAUAAAAACACGAUCGCAAAUGGCUGCCUUUUACACAUAGCAGCAAGAUUAGCAAGAUAUACUGGCAAUGAUACAUACGCUGAAACAGCAGAAAAAGUAUGGAAUUGGUUAGAGGGAGUUGGUCUUCUCAAUUAUAGUAAUAAUGAAAUAGCAUUGUAUGAUGGCGUUGAAAUAUCAGGAAAUUGCACUGAUAUGACUAAAAAAAGAUGGUCCUAUAUCUAUGGCAUCAUGAUGUCGGGCGCAGCAUACCUUUACAAUCACUCAAAUGAUGACGUUUGGCUUACUAGAACGGAAGAGAUCAUAGAAGCAUCAUCUUAUUUUUUCAAUAACUCUAUAAUGACCGAAUCGACAUGUGCAUCAACCACUUGCAAUAACGAUCAAAGAACAUUUAGAUCAUUAUUUGCAAGAUGUCUAGGACUAACUCAAAUGCUUGCACCCAGCACUGCAGAUGAUAUUCAAAAUUGGCUAGAUACAAGUGCUUCAGCUGCCGCACAAUCAUGUUCGGGUGGUACAGAUGGCAUCACUUGUGGAGAAAACUGGUCCGUCAGCGGAUGGGAUGGAGUAUACGGUUUAGGAGAACAGAUGUCAGCCUUGGAGGUUAUUUUAGCCUCGAUCGUAAGACAGUUCCCUGCCCCCUACAAUUCAUCUAAUGGCGGUUCCUCUAUUAGCAAUGUGAAUGCAGGAACAGAUUCAGACGAUACAGAGAACGCAAACGAACUUAAAAUCACCACCAGAGACAAAGCAGGAGCUGGAGCUUUGACAGCUAUCGUAUUGUUAAUUAUUUCUGGAGGCUCAAUUUGGAUGUUAUUUUAA